CAGCUGCAUCCGUCCGCCAACCCUCCAUUCCCCCCGCUCAGCCCUCCCUCCCCGCACACGUCCAAGCCGCGAUGGCCACCCCGCAACAUGGCUCGCGCAACCCGCUCUCGACUGCGACGCAAGCGCUGCAUUCAACGUACGCGUCGCGUCUCCGCACGGGCACGACGCUCCUGGUGCAGCCCAUCCUCGCGCCGUCGUCCAUCGCGGCCGUGGCGACGCGCACGACGCGCCGCGGCGGCGUGGUAAACUACGCGGACCCUGGCUCAGGGGACGAGUUCCCGGACGCGGGCGCCGUCGACUCGGACGACUCGGACUUUGGCGGAGGAGGGGGCGGAGGGGGACGACAAGGGGGGAGGUCGACGCGGCUGCCGAGUCGCGCUCCGGCGGGGAGUUCGGUGUUCGAUGCGGGGAGGGGCGCGGGGAGUGGCCAUGCGACGCCGGUGCAGGCUCAGCAGAGCAACGAGCUGGACCGGAGCUAUUUGGGGGAGAUCCCGCCCGCAAGGUUCAUCACUGCGAGGCCGCUGUUGCCUACGCGGUUGGAGUACUACUCGCAAGCUGCGUUGGAGACUCAAGCAGAAAAGCCGACCGCACUCAUCCCUAUACGCGUCGAAUUCGAAACCGACUCGCAAAGGAUACGCGACUGCUUCGUGUGGAACAUGAACGAGGAGCUCAUCACCCCGGAGAUCUUCGCGCGGACGUUUUGCACAGAUCUGGACUUGCCGCUGCAGCCGUACGUUGAAAUAGUCGCGAAUCAAAUGCGCGCGCAAAUCGAGGAGCACGAAGGGGUGGCUUCCAUGUAUCUCGGCGCAGACGCAGAGGUCUCGGAAGAGGAGGACGAAAGCCCAGGGGACGAAGUGAGCGAAUGUCGGGUGAUUCUCAGCAUUGACGUACAAAUCGCGACACACCAUUUGCUGGACCAUAUCGAAUGGGACCUUCUCUCCCCUCUCACCCCUGAAGAGUUCUCAGUCAAGCUCUGUAGGGAACUUGGGCUCACAGGCGAGGCAGCUCCCCUCAUCGCGCAUGCCAUCCACGAAGAGAUUUUAAAGCACAAACGCGACGCGAUCGAAUGGGGCGUCAUUGGUGGUGAAACACGCGACGCUGCAGACGAUGCCGGUGCGGACAAGCCGCGCGACAAGAGUGGACUCAGCUUGAUGAAGGACAAGACUGGGCUGGGUCUCGGGUGGGGACGUGCGCCCAAGGAUGGGCGUGGACCAAAACCGCUACGGAGCGUCUGGCGCGAUUGGCAAGAGGCGGAGGAGUUCAGGACGAGGUUUGAGGUGCUCACGGCGGAGGAGGUCGAGCGGAGAGAGCUCGAGAGGGAGCGGGCGAGUCGACGACUCCGCCGCGAAACCUCAAAGUUCCAGUCGACGGCACGCUCCAGGCUCCUCACUGGACGGAGAUAGGACUGGGCUCCUGUUGGCCGCGAGUCGGCUCAUGUCUGCGAUUACUGUAUUGCACUGCGGUUGUCCUUCUACCUUAGUACUUCUAGUGAUGAUACAAGGCAUCCUGUCUUCC